AAAAUAUCGCUCUCACCUCCAAAUGUGCGCACUGUUUACAUUGACUGCUUCCGGUGAAAAGGUCACCGUAGCCUUUAAAAAAAGGCGACACGACAAGUCGGCGGUUUGGUGUGUCUGGGCUUCCGUCGUCAGAGUCACAUGCCGCAGCACAACAAUAAUAAGGAAGUCGGCGAAGUUAUCUAAGCCGUCUUCUCUCGUAUGGGAUUCAAAGAUGGGAUUUGUAGCGGCUGUCGUGUUUGCUGUUUGCUGCUGGUUCUCGCAUGGAGUGGCAGGGCAAGAAGAGCCGAUUCAGACAUUUGUGAUCCCCCACAGUCACAUGGAUGUUGGCUGGGUGUACACUAUCCAGGAGAGUAUGCACGCCUAUGCAGCUAAUGUGUACAGCAGUGUGACUGAGGAGCUGUCAAAGGUUAAAGAGCGCAGGUUCAUCGCUGUGGAGCAGGAGUUUUUCCGUCUCUGGUGGGACACCGUGGCCUCGGACACACAAAAGAAACAGGUACGACAGCUUAUCAAAGAAGGUCGUCUUGAGUUCAUCAUCGGAGGUCAAGUGAUGCACGAUGAGGCUGUAACUGACCUGGACGAUGACAUCUUGCAGAUGAUGGAGGGUCAUGGCUUCCUGUAUGAGACGUUUGGGGUGCGUCCUCAGUUCUCAUGGCAUGUGGAUCCUUUCGGAGCCUCUGCCACCACCCCUGUACUGUUUGCCCUGGCUGGAUUCAAUGCACAUCUCAUCUCUCGCAUUGAUUAUGACCUUAAGGAUAUCAUGCAGAAAAACAAGAAACUUCAGUUUGUAUGGCGAGGCUCUCCCUCGUUGAAAUCACAGCAAGAGAUCUUCACUCACACCAUGGACCAGUUCAGCUAUUGCACUCCAUCCUACCUGCCGUUCUCCAACCGUUCCGGGUUCUAUUGGAAUGGAGUUGCCUUGUUUCCGGACCCACCUAAAGAUGGAGUUUACCCCAACAUGAGCCUACCCGUGACCAAGGAAACAGUCCAUGCUUACGCCAAGACCAUGGUGGAGAACAUCAAGCAGAGAGCAGCGUGGUUUAGAACUAAUCAUGUACUUUGGCCAUGGGGCUGUGACAAACAGUUCUACAACUCAUCAGUACAGUUCAACAACAUGGACCCUCUGAUGAAGUACAUCAACCAGAACAGCAAAGAGUUUGGGGUAACAGUCCAGUACGCCACUCUGAGUGAAUACUUCCAGACCAUCUACCAAUCAAAUCUAACCUGGGAGGUACGUGGGAGUGAAGACUUCCUGCCAUAUUCAACCGAGCCCUACCAGGCAUGGACGGGGUUUUACGCCUCCAGAAACGUCCUGAAAGGCGUGGCGCGACAGGCCAGCUCCAGGCUGUACGCAGCAGAGACCCUCUUCACCCGCUACCGAAUCAGCUUCCCAGAUGGACCUGUGGCCAAGGACUGGGCCCUGGACAAACUCAGAGUGCUGCGCUGGGCGGUUUCUGAGGUGCAGCAUCAUGAUGGCAUCACUGGCACGGAGUCUCCCAAAGUGGCUGACAUGUACCUGCAGCAUCUCCUGCAGGCCAUGAUGGGAGCAGAGGAGCUCCUAGCUGCUCUCUUUCUGCUGCCCCACAACCUCCAGAGUCCCAGCAUCCUUGGCGAGCGCUACCCUACAAAAGCAGAUGUUGAUCAGACUUUGGAGCAGCAUGUCAUCGUUUAUAACCCUUUGGCGUGGAACAUCACCACGAUCGUCAACGUAACCGUGACGCAGCCAAGCGCAGCCGUGUUUGAUGAUGAUGGACAGCCUGUCCCUGCUCAGAUCCAGGGGUCAGCACACUCCAAUGCGACCUACGACCUUUUCAUCGUGGUGGAACUUGGAGGCCUUCAGUACAGGAAAUACUUAAUUAAGUUCCCCGAGAAUUCCAAGGCUUAUGAAGCUAAGGCCGUUUCGUUCGAGAGACGCAGCGUGAAGGACCGGGCGAAAGCAGGGAGGCGACUACUUCCUGUUCUCAGCGAAUGUUACGAACUCUUGUUCGACCAGGACACCAAUCUACUGCACAGCAUCACCUAUCUUGAGGAGAAAAGGAGAGUAAUGAUCACACAGGAUUUCUGGGAAUAUGAUGCCAAUGGAGACGUAAAAGCGGGGCCCAUUUCUGAUAACUACAUCUUCAGCGCUAAUGGUUCAGCUGUGCGGGCCUACAAGGCUGUGGAAAUGGAGAUAAUCCCAGGGAAGAUUGUCACUGAGAUCAGGCAGUACUUCUACAGAGAGGAGAGCGAUAAAGACUACGCCUACUCCAUUACCACUCGUGUCCCAGAAUGCUUUGGGACCAAGCUGCCGUGUCACAGGCUGGAGCAGACCUACUCUCUGGGCCCACUCAGCCUCAACACAGAGGUCGUACUCAGGACCAGCACCUCAGUGAAGAACAACAGGACCCUGUACUCGGACGACAAUGGCUAUCAGAUGAUGAAGAGGACAUACAGGAAAUUCACAAACAACACUUUAGCACGAAACUACUUCCCUAUGGUGCGCACGGCUUACAUUGAGGAUGACCUCAGCAGGCUGGUGCUCGUCAGCGACAGAGCUCACGGUGUGUCGAGCCAAACUGAUGGACAACUGGAGGUCAUGCUCCAUCGCCGGCUUUGGAACAACUUGCAGUGGAACCUCGGGUACAACCUGACUCUAAAUGACAGCUCUGUUGUGAGGCCCACGCUGUGGAUGAUGCUGGGCUCUGUGAGCGCAACCUCGAAGCUGUACCAAAGGGAGGCGGUGCAGCUGCAGCACAGACCUGUCGUCAUGCCCAUAGACCAGCCUCAGAAGCCCUGGCAGGUGAAGGAGCCCAAGCGUGGUUCUCCUUUGCGUUCGGUUGUUCUGCCGCCCAACCUCCACCUGCUCAGCCUCAGCAUCCCCGGGUGGAACUACUGCUCCAAUCACAGCGUUCACCUCAGCCACAUACAGUCAGGUAAAGAUUUGCACUCGCAGCCAGACUAUGAUCGGAUCCUGUUGAGAAUUAUGCAUCUCUUCGAAGAGGGAGAGGACCCCGAGCUUUCGAAGCCAGUCACCAUAAACUUAAAGGAAGCUCUGCAAGGCAUGGGCGAAGUGAAGGGCGUGGAGGAGCGUUCUCUGACAGGGACCUGGGAUAUCGCCAGUCUGCAGAGGUGGAAAUGGAAAACUGCAGAUAACUUGGAAAAAGACAACAAACAGCAGCGGAGACAGGACGACGAUUUCACUGUGACCAUCUCCCCUAAAGAGAUCAGGACCUUCUUUGUUCACUUUGUCUCCAGGAACUUUUAGGCUGAGCCUUCCUUUGUCUUCUGUGAAGAUCACUCUGCUUUACAUUAAACACAGCAGCACAUUAUAAAGCCUCUUUAUCCUUUGCUGCACUGUUCACUAAUGCUCUUUUUGCACAUGUGUUGAUUUGUUGAUCAGAUGUGAAUUUGCUGUGCCUGUUGAAUCAGAAUAAAAUGAUUGUUUUUCUUCAAA